GACUGCCCUCUAAUCCAACCAACGCUUGAAGCGCGACAUCGGAGACGGUGCUUUCCAAAGUAUAAGCAAUUGCUUUCCUCGAGCCACAGCAUCGACUGCUCCGACGACACCGACCCAACUCACGAUCAAAUAGCCUACACAAUGGCUGGGCCAGGUCCUGUCAAGCCCGGCAUGGCCCGAGGGCUUCCCCCUCUGCGCGUUCAUAACUUCGUCGGGACGGCAUUGGGUGCUGGAAUGUGGUUCUUCUUGAUGUACCGAGCGAAGAAGGAUGGUGCGGUUCUUCUGGGUUGGAAACACCCUUGGGACCACUGAAGCGCUGAGGAAGGACGCUGGCUGGAUCACCGACACAGCCAUGAUAGUCGACAGAUACCUCUGUACACCUAGCCAAGUUCAUUUCUUCGGCCCAGGCUUGCCAUCACUGUGGAUUACCCUGUCUCGUACUAAGCUAUUGGCUUCUCAAACAAAUAAUGGGCAACGCCCCAUGUAUCCCCGCCUUCGUAUGCAAAGAGCUCUGAGCAUGCCAA